AUGAAGUGAGUCAGCCGAAAAAAUGAACAGCCGCGAGCAUCAGGCGAGGCUCUCUUAUUUUGUACACCUGAUGCCUCGCCGAUCGCUAUAAAUGCGUCCGACCGAUCAACAUCGGCUGCCAGUUUCCGCUCUUUUGUUUUUCAGCUCACUGUUUCUUGCUUUUCAGAGUCUCUGAUUCAAUUUCUAAUGAGCUUUUUUGAGUUAUAUAGCAGUUAUAGGAGUAUUCCUCUCAAUAAAAGUUCAGAAUAAGUUGGUUCUCUUCCAGUAAAAAAAUUAAUAUAGAGUUAUGAAAAUUUUUCUUCAGUCGGAGGAUUUUUCGUGAUGAACUGGUAUCAUGAAAUUUUUUUAUCAUUUUUAAUCACCUUUUUCUUUCUUUUUGGUUUUUUCUGAUUUCACCGCAUCUCAAAAUAAAUAUAUAUAUAAUGAGCUUGAAAUCCCUACAUGAGCUCAACGUUUGAUGCUUUUUGUAUUUUGAAUCCUCGCUCAAAUUACUAAUUGGUUGAAAAAUGAAGAUUCAAGCAAUUAUGAAUCUCUCAUAGCUCUUGGAAAAAGGUUUUUAGUCGCCGGCGAAAUCCGAACAAUCAUAUAACACUGAACUAAUCUAAAAUUAUCACUUUGUUGUUCUUCCCCGUUUCAAAUUUUUGUUAUCAUUUCGAUGCUUAGCCACUCUAUUAUAACUAUUCCAAUCCUUUUUUCAGAAUCAUGAAGAGCGCUAUCAUUUUCUGCUCAGUCGUCGCCAUCGCUUCUUGCAUUGAAAUGUUCGGACGCGAUCAGUCUGCUGCUGUAAGUGACGAUGAACCUGUUUAAAAAUUUUAUUUCGAACAGUUUAAUAGAAAAAAAACCAAAAUAAUCCUUUUUUCUGAACUUUUUUACAUAACUUUUUUGAAAAACGAAUCUUUUAUUGGGUUUUCCAACCAUCCGGCAAACACAAGAACAUUCUCGACUGUUAAACUAGCACUUGGAAAACAGAGACCCAAACUAUAAACAUCGUUUUUCACAGGUCGAAGGACGGCUGAUGUGCGACGGACGGCCAGCUGUCGGCGUUAAAGUCAAGCUCUGGGAUGUCGACCGAAGUUUGUGUUUUUCUGAGCACUUUACAUCAGUCUUCCAGUUGACGGAAAGCGGAAAGAAUGAGGAAAUUUUUCAGUGGAUUCGGACGAUCUCCUCGACUCUGGAACAACUGAUCAGAACGGAGAAUUCCACCUCGCCGGAUGGACCAAGGAGUACACGACCAUCGACCCCAAGCUCAACAUCUACCACGACUGCAAUGACGGACUCAUGGUAGGGAAAAACUCGAGAAAACAUAAAAAAUUACAUUUCUUUUCGUUUUUCGAAAGCCUGAAUGGAGAAUAUUUGUAAAAGUUAGAAAAAAUCCUUCUCAAUCUCAACUUCCUUUGAAGCCAAAACAUCAAAGUGGAACUAUUAGAACUUAUUCAAAAUAACUAGGAUACGCAUGAAAUCAUGGACGCAUUUAUAAAAAAUAUAAUUUCCAACUUUACCUACCUCAGAAAUUUUUGAAUGAAAAAAAUCUGUUUUUUUAUGACUUUUUUUAAAUUUUUUUGAGAGCUGAACUUUAAAAAAAUUAUACCACGUAACUUUGUUCAUUUUUCAGCCCUGCCAGCGCAAAUUCGGUAUCAAGAUCCCAGAUAGCUACGUCUCGCACGGAAAAACUCCCAAGACUGUCUACAACGCCGGAACUCUCCAACUGGCUGGCAGCUACCCUGGAGAGAGCCGCGACUGCGUCAACUAG